GUUGCCUUCUGUGCCAUUCAUUCGGAGCACAGCCGCUCAUAACGUGCACCGGCACAUUGAUGAGAGAAGAGCUGUUUUACAGUCCACCGCUCAUUCAGGGAAGAGGACAGAAGUAACUGAACAGUCAAUCCACAGGGUGCGCCCACACACCCAGACCAGACGGGACAAGUGAAGCCUAUCGGACGCACAGACGCGCACCAGCAGCAGCGCAGGGACCUUCAGACUUGGACCUGACAGUUCACCUAAAUAAGCAAACUACCUGCAGCAGAACAUGGAGCGCAAAAUCCCUGAUUUCGCCGGACGCUGGGAUAUGAAGAGCUCUGAGAACUUCGAGGAGCUCUUGAAAGCUCUUAAUGUGAAUGUGAUGCUGCGUAAGAUCGCGGUGAAGGCGGCCUCCAGGCCACAGGUGGAGAUCACACAGGAUGGAGAGACUCUGUCGAUCAUAACCUCAACCACAGUCCGCACCACUCACAUCACCUUCACCGUGGGACAGGAGUUCAACGAGAGCACAGUGGACGGACGCCCCUGCACGAGUUUUCCUCGUUGGGAAACAGACAGUAAGAUCAGCUGUGAGCAGACUCUGCAGAAAGGAGAGGGGCCUAAGACAUCCUGGACCCGAGAGAUCACCCCUGACGGAAAACUGAUCCUGACCAUGAGAGCUGAUGAUGUGAUUUGCACCAGAGUCUACGAGCGACAAUGAACAAGAGCACUUCUCACUUUUCUUCCUUCCCUCUCUCCUGCAUCACCACCCACCCCUCCACUUUGUCCAGGUGGCGCUGGGAGAUCUAGUCUGUAGUUAGAUUCCAGUACCUCUGUUAGCUUCACAACAUUUAGUGUGAUAAUUGUAUCUAGUAUGUCACAGACCUACACAACAGUCUUAGCUUCUGACUUAUCCGUCUUUCCAGCUUCAUCACACGUGACCUGCUGGGUUUUAAACACGAAAAUGUUGAUUGUAUGUUUGAUCUGAUCAGUGAAAGCUCAUGUAUUUGGCAUCGUGUGUGUGUGUACGUGUGUGUGUGAGUGAGUGUGUGUGUGUGUACGUGUGUGUGUAUGUGUGCGUACGUGUGUGUGUGAGUGAGUGUGCAUGUGUGUGGCAGCAGAAGAGGUGUGAGACUAUAUUUGUAGAUGUGUAAACCAAUCUAUGAGCUCUUCCAGUUUCAGGUCAGUUUCGAUGAGUCCCUCCUCUCUGCUCCUUCAGCCCUGUCUAACGCUAACCUUUUUCUCAUGAUGACAUUUUAUAUUUAUUACUACACUAGAGACGGAUACAGUACAGCUACGGUUUUUACUUUGUGUGUCUUUCAUAUGAAAUGUGAUCAUAGGAAACUUUCUAUGGGAGAACAAUAAAGCACGAUAUUAACUCA